AUGAAGGUACCCUUUGGUUAUUUGGUAAUUGCUGCCGGUGUCUGCGGGGUUCUGAGUUUCACAUUCUUAGCCACGGCCCUUGGAACCGACUAUUGGUACAUUAUUGAGAUGAAUCAAGUCAACACGAGCGACUUGGAGGACAUGAGCUCCCACUCUGGGCUUUGGAGCAUCAACGAAGGUGGUAAAACGCACACGGACUCCAUCGACUCUUUCAACACAGACUAUUCCAAGUUUUCUGAAGCGGAACUGCAGAUGCUUAAGAUGCACAGCGCCAUCGUGGUGCUCCUGCCUCUCAGCCUGGUUCUGUUGCUGCUCGGGGGCAUCUGUGGAUUGGUCAGCUCCCUGGCCCGUAGCCCCAUCCUUCUCACUGGGACGGCAUCCUACUUUUUCAUCUGCAGCUUGCUGACACUGAGUGGAGUGAUCUUGUACAUAGUGUACUCAUACCAGGCGCUGGUAGAGACAGAGAGGCUGGUGGGGCAGGAGGGUCUGUCCUAUAUACGCACGUCCUUUGGAUGGUCUCUGGCUCUGGCCUGGCUCUCCUAUAGCUUGGAACUGCUCACAGGGGUCCUGCUCCUGCUCGCCGCACGCACACCCAGACUGAGGCACAGCAGCCCCUCUCUGGCCUGA